AUGAAGAAGUACACUUCUCUCCGGAGCUCUCGGUCGAAACAAUGGCAACCUAUACCCCUACGGCCUUUUUUUCUUCUCGCCUUCCUGGUCCUCGUGUUGAUCAUUAUAAUCGGGAUUCAGCUCUUGAUCACGCAACCUAUCCUGAUUGCUCCAGCUUUCCUGUUUGAAUAUAUCCCCACAACGGUCCCCGUUGUCUUGAGCCUAUUAUGGGCUUUCUCUGCGCAUGACUUCAAGCGCCUCGAGCCCUUCUUCCAGCUCUCCUCGCCCACAGGGGCCCUAGCAGAGGAUUCGUUGCUCUUGGACUAUUCUUACAUGUUCAUUCUUUCUGUCCCCGUCGUUUCCCUGCGCAAAGGCCACUAUGCCAUCUUCUUAUCUUCCAUCAUCAUGCUUCUUCUGACUACUCUCAUCACUCCCUUCUCCUCCGGCCUCUUCGACAUUAAAAAGGCUAAUGUGGAUGCUCCCGGCAAUGUCCCCUACCUUGACAUCAACCCUGAACCUGUUUUAAACUCGGCUGGGUUUGCACACUCCGUAUACGCCUACUCAUUUCUCAAUGGCACGCUCCCACCCUUUACGACACCCGAUUUUGCGCUAACGCCUUGGGUCGACGAGACCAACGCAAACUCAUCGUGGCAAGGGCAAUCGCGGAUGUACGAAUCGAAUUUCACCUGUGUACAGCCGACAUUGGACCCUUUUGAAGAUCCAGACUUUGGUCCCAUAGGGUAUAACGUCACGAAUAACGAUGGAAAGUCAGCUCUAUUCAUGUACCGCCCGGGUGGCUUCAACGACUCGGACGGGAUUUUACAAAAUACCUACGGAAACAUCUCAGAAGGGGUUGUGUUCAGUGUCAAUGAUUCCGUCAGCACCGCCAGCAUAGCUUGGGCUAUGAAGGAGGUCUCGGGAUCAGGCGAGGAGACUGUAUUGGGGUAUCUCCACAUUAUCGGGGCCCAGGAUCCUAAUCAUGAGUAUGAGGCUGCUGUGAACUUGAACGGUGAUGAUUGGACAGCGCUCUGGUGCGAGCCAACCUACUGGCAGCAGGAUGUGGAGGCCACCGUCUUGAUGCCCUCGGGAGAGGUGGUGUCGGCUAAGCGUACUGGCGAGGCGGUCGUGCUUGAUAACGCAAUCACGCGUCGGUUUGGAAAGGUGAUGCUGCUGGGCUCCUUGGGCGAUUCACCGAAUUACGACAACAUUACCCUCCGUGAGAUGAGCGAGAUCCCCGUGCGCUUUGGUGCAGAUACGAGGGAUCUUCCUGCAGUUCAAACCCACAUAAGACCGGGUGUAGAAGCAGCUGUAAGAGGGGCUAAACUAUACAGGGGAGGUACCAAGUACAAGCAGUUGGAUACGCUAAGGCACCUUUCCGCGCACGUGUUCAUCACCAUCAGCGAUAAGGAGACCGACAAGAGGUUUUGGAGAGAUCCAAAGAUGAUGGCACAGUACUACGAGCAGAAGUGGAAGACCAUGUUCGCAUUCGCCAUGACGCAGCAGAUGAUUCCUACUGAUGGGAAGGGUUCCAGGAGCGUCAUCAUCUCCAAGCCCAUUUCAGGAUGGAGAGUAAGUCCGGCGUGGGGAAGAGCCACUCAGGCGUCUUUUGGACUACUUGCAGUACUGGUUCUGGGACUGGUGAUGAUGGGUAUCUGGCAGGGGGGGCGGCGUAUUGAACUUGAUGGAGAACCUAAUAGUCUUUCCAACGCGAUGGGAAUGCUAGAUGGGAGUGGCAAAGGAAUAUCUGACCUGUUUCAUGGCCUCGAAUAUUCCGGCCCAACGAAAGUUGCGACAUCUCUGGAGCAGCGUGGACAUAAGUAUAAAUUGACGCUUGUGGAAGAGGUAGGACCAAGGCUAGAGAUCCUACCGCGAGGCGGGGAUAACAGCAAGCCAACCUCCACCGCCGAAGGAAAUCUUGGUUCCAAAUCACAGAGUGCGAUCUCAUCCUCGACAGCUUCCAAAGAGCCCAGCGGUGUACAGAGCCCUCUUUUGCCAUCCUUAGACCCCUCGUGUCCUAGAGAGACUUUCAAGCCUGAGAAGAACUGGAUCCUUCUCCGCCCAGUGGGACUGUUUUUGAUCCUUUUUUUCUGUUCCGUAACUGGGGCUAUGGUUUUUCUCUAUGUCUAUGACAUCAACCACCAAGGGCUCCCCACCGUCUACCCCAUUGACUCAUUCGGAUUCAAGUUGAUAUACUCAUACAUCCCCACUGUGCUCGCCACUGGUAUUGAGCCCAUCAUGAUUGCCCUGGGUACAUACCAUUGCAUGGUUGCACCUUAUAAACGUCUUAGCCGCCCAAAGAACAGGGCUGAUACUUCCCUGGCCCUCAGCCUGGACUUUGAUCGCUCACCACCGCAGUUUCAGCUCCUGCGAGCCAUUAGAUCUCGGGAUGCGCAAGUUGGAGCCCUUGCCUUAGCUAUCCUUGUGGUGAACCUCCUGGCGAUAACCUUUGGGUCUCUAUUCUUUGUCUCGACGGACGCAGUACGCACUUCGGAAGUGCCAGUAACGGUUUGGGACAUGCCCAAGUCUCUGGAAAGGUUCCCAGCCCUUGCUGGUGACGUUUACCUUAGUCUAUCGGCAACUCUGUCCAACAAGACCGGAAACAGAUACACCCAAGACAACCCCCUGUUCUACAUACCUCCAAUGUCCUUCGACAACGGUCAGAGCUACGAUCCCAGAAAACAAUACGCAUUGGAACAGCUCACCCACAGCCAGGCCCCCGCUGGUGAGAUAGAAUGGAGUUCUCUUGUAUUUGGAAGCGAUGUGAAAUGCGUCCUUAUUCCCCAGGAAGCCAUACGGUCGUCGUGUACUAACGGCAUGCUCGAAACUAUCAGUUGCGGGGAGCCGCUGCCAUCUAAUAUCAGUGGGACCUUUACUGCACAAGUAGAAGUCGCCUUUUCGGGCGGAGAGGUAUCAUGGGGAAGGGGCACGCCCGACAAGUGGUAUUUCAGUGGCAUGAGCACUGAUGCUUUUGUCUAUUUAAAUACGCUUACCGCUUCCUCUUUUCUGGUAGGGUGGUCUGAAAUGCCAGCCGACCCUAAGCCCAGAAGUGACGUUUUCCCUUCCACCCAGCUCCCCAGGAUAGAUACCGUUGCCUUGUACUGUGAUUCACACUUCAAGGUUGGAUCGGUUACUGCCUCAUUGAACACUGCCAACGGGGUCAUUAAAACCUCCGAUGUCGUGUUUCCUCUUCAGUACGAAAACAACGGCUCCGCCAUUGAGAUGAUCCUUGGCUUUCAUGUUGACAUCGAGCACGGCGAAGGCAAAAACUACUGGGCCCUUAUCGAUGGGGAUAGAAGUCUCAUGUGGUUUAACUUGAUCAUGGCAAGGUUAUACCCAAACCUUGUUAGAACUAACCUGGUUAACGAUACUCACAUCCCCUCUACCGAUCAACUCGUUGAAGCCUUCGAAAACGUCUAUAACCGUCUGUUUGCGCAGAGUCUGCAAAUGUACAGUGAUAACGUCUUUGCGAAUGUCACGACUAAGGAUAUCACCGCUGUGUUCCGGACGAAAGAGCCCCGUGUGAGAGUUUCCACAAGCAUGUUUAUCGUAUCCUGCGCGGUGAUGUUCUACCUCAUCCUGGUACUUUUGGCGUUAUACUGCACGCCCCAGGCAAACGAUUACUACCAGAACUACGUACCGACAAGUUUGGCGUUGAUGUGGACAUUGUUAUAUGCGAGUACCGCCAAGGAUGACUGCGCACAGCUUCGGGGUAGCAAUCCGGAGGAGCGCGCAAGGCAGUUAGUAGAGCUGGGAAAUACGUAUUCCUUAGGGGAGUUCUUGGGAAAUGACGGUCGAACUCAUUGGGGUGUUUCUAAGGCGGUGAAGCCAAAGGAUACUUUUACAGACGCGAAAAAGGGUUGA